AUGAGGAAGAUCAAUGCACUGUAUGAACCCGAAGAUGACCGAAGCAUACUUGACCAACCUGGAGUCUGGCCCUCAAAGCCUAUCGUCCAGCGCACUCAACCAAUCCCACCUUCGACGUACCAGGAGCAUCUUGAUAACGGGUUGGAUCCACCAGCGCUGAAUAUCUCUUCUGUCAGGUACUGGUCGGACUAUAGCAGAGUGUUCUACCACCCCAAGUCCAUAGCUCAACUCUCCGAAUUUGAUGUCAACGACACACUCAUGCCCUUUGAGAAGUGGGAAGUUGGCAAGGGAUUGUUUGAGAAGCUAGAAAGAGAAGUCGACCUAGUCGAUCGCGACUUACGCCCAUUCGUCGAGGAGUGUGAUGGCAUCCAGGGACUGCAAAUCUUUACGGGCGUCGACGAUGCCUGGGGCGGCUGGGCAUCGGGAUGGAUAGAAAGGCUACGAGACGAGUAUGGGAAGAUGAGCAUAUGGACUUGGGGCUUGGGUGACCAGGGUGCUAACGCUGCAGUUGGAAGAGAGAGGAGACUGCAACAGAUGGUGAACGCUUCUCAAUCACUGCAAACACUUGGCGAGCAGUCGUCGGUAUACAUCCCCAUAUCUAACAGCCCGACCAAGACCCCAUCUUACCUAUCGCUUGAUGCCACUUCACUAUGGCAUGUUGGGGCUUUGCAAGCUAUUGGACUAGAAAGCAUGACCAUAUCCUCCCGACUGAGGACAUCCGUUGGUGGUCGCGGUAAUCUUCAAGACCUGGAAGAUACGAUAAACAGCACCGGAAAGCGGCGGAUAGGCAAAUUUGAGAUGAGCAUCGCAGACCCCGAGGUGCUUUCAGAAAACUAUUCCAAGGAGAUGGCACAAGCCGAGAAGACAGGGUCAAUGACAUCGCGACGAACAAGCGAAGACGAUGAAGAGCUUAGCAGUUUCGACAUCGACGUCUUCACGAGAGACUACCGGGCCGUAUCCAGGUCUGGCAAGAAGGAACACGUAUUCGGCAGAGCGGAGGUCUCUCGGGGCGACUGGAAUCUCACGGACGAUAACGAAGCGCGCGACCCUCACAACAGGUUCAAUCAAGGACCGACAUUGCAGAGCUAUCCAACAUCUAUAUUCGAUGUUGGUUCGGGACUAGGGACCAAGCUCGCUGUCCAUGCUGGACUCACCACGAGCACCGCGGUUGCGGGACAGAUACGCGCGGUUGAGCAAAUUGUCAAGCGACUGGUGGGAAUUGAGGAAAGAGAAGCACUCUGUAAUGGACUGCAAGUUCUCGCAGAAGAAUACGAUGAGGGCUGGGAUAGUGGCACAGAUAGCGACGAUGAUGGCUAA